UCUCCACGUUCGGUCUCGGUGAACUCAGAGGCGCCGGACAUGCAUGGACCUUUUCUAUAACGAUGGGAAUGUUUUAUUUAUGCACCUUCCUAUUUUCAAAGCGGAGAACUGUGGACACAAGUGCAUUUAAUGAAAACCUAAAGUGAGCCAACCCCCGCACUCGCUUUUACUUGUCAUGGUGACUCGCUCGGAUUUUGAGGAAGAGCGGAAGCUGGAUGAUAAACGCUGCUGCAUGAGAGCAUGGGUGUGGCCAAGCUGAACGCCAAACACCCAACAGAGGCUUUAAUAUGUGAGCCCAGAAAGAGAACUGUGCAAACUGAGGUAGACGAAAUGGCAGCGCAGCCGGUCAGCGUGCUUAUCACUGGAGCCAACAGAGGCUUGGGCCUGGAAAUGGUGAAGCAAAUGAUGGAGGCCGACUGUCCAGUGAAAAAGCUGUUUGCCUGUUGCAGGGACCCAGAUGGACCCAGGGCUGAGGCCUUGCGAACACUGGCGAAGAAGCAUCCUAACGUCAUCCACAUCAUGCGUCUGGAUGCCACUGACCUUAGUAACAUAAAGCAGUGCGCCCAGCAGGUGGGCUCUGUGGUCGGGACGGACGGCCUCAACCUGCUGAUUAACAACGCGGGGUUCCAGGACAAGAGCAUCCUACAGGAGACCACUCCCGAGGACAUGCAGAAUUCUUUCAACACCAACGUCAUGGGCCCUACGUUCAUCGUUAAAGAGUUCCUGCCUCACCUUCGUGCAGCAGCGAAGGCCAGCAAGAUGCCGGGGAUGUCCAGCAGGAAAGCGGCGGUCGUCUGCAUCUCCUCAUCACUGGCUUCAUUGGAGUCUGUCAAAGGCUCAUACGCCCUCUUCCCCGCCAUCUCCUACCGCAUCAGCAAGGCCGGUCUGAACAUGAUGGCGGCGUGUGCUGCAGAGGAGCUGAGGAGGGAUGAGAUCCUGUUUUCUUUGCUGCACCCUGGCUGGGUGCGCACCGAAAUGGGUGGAGAGGAGGGGGAGAUCGACGCUGCGGAGAGCGUGCAGAGGAUGCUUCGCGUGGUGGCCUCGCUGACCGAGAAGCAGAGUGGAACCUUCCUGGACAAUAAAGGCGGGAACAUCCCCUGGUAGCUUUAAACAACCACACUGUGCUUCAUCACGCUUCAUCAAGUCAAUCACUGAAUGAACCCACGUGAAAUAAACCAGUACCUGUCACAUACUUUGCUUG